CACCCUCUCCUUUGUCCCUCCUUCUGGCUGGCUGGCUGCUCGCUCGCUCGGAGCCACCUUUGGCGCUGGUUGUGUUGGAGGCUCUCCGGCAGGGGCUCACCUGGCCCGGGAAAGGAGAGACAGAGAGACCCCUUUUUGCGCACCUGCCUCGCGUCCUUGCACCCCUCUCCUGCCAGCCCAAAUGGCGCUUCGGAUGCGGCAGGUCGUCGGCCGUCCUGCGCUCCCGCUGCAGCCGCCGCCGCGCUGGCUAUUGUGAGAGCAGCAGCCCGGGGUUUCUUGGCUAGCGGUGAAGCCUGCAUCCCGGCCUCUGCAAUGCUGUCUGUUUUGCGGUCCAGCCCUCAACCUUGAGCUCAGCCGCGAUGCCAGAGAGCGGGGCAGGAGCGGCGCCGGGCUCCCAGGACAGCGAGCGCCACAAGAGGGGCGCCGCAGAUGGCGAGGCGUCCGGGCCAGCCGCCACCGGGGUCCUGGAUAAGCUCUUCGGGAAGAGGCUCCUGCAAGCCGGCCGUUACAUCAUGUCUCACAAAUCGUGGAUGAAAACGGUGCCUACGGAAAACUGUGAUGUCCUGAUGACCCUGCCAGACACGACCGACGACCACACGCUUCUAUGGCUGCUGAACCACAUACGGCUGGGUAUUCCGGAGCUCAUCAUUCAGAUACGGCACCACAAGCACACCCGGGUCUACGCCUUCUUCGUCACAGCGACUUACGAAAGUUUGCUCCGAGGAGCCGAUGAGAUCGGAUUGCGGAAGCCUGUGAAAGCAGAGUUCGGAGGCGGAAUGCGGAGCUUCUCCUGCGAGGAGGAUUACAUCUACGAGAACAUCGAAAACGAACUUUAUUUUUUCACUUCUCAGGAACGUCAGAGCAUCAUCAGGUAUUGGCUGGAGAAUCUGCGAGCCAAACAGGGCGAGGCUCUGCACAACAUCCACUUCCUGGAAGGCCAGCCAAUCGUUCCCGAGUUGGCUGCCCGUGGCAUUCUCCAGCAGGUCUUCCCCAUCCACGAGCAACGGAUCCUCAACCGGCUGAUGAAAUCGUGGGUACAAGCCAUUUGCGAACCGCAACCUUUGGAUGAUAUCUGUGACUACUUUGGCGUGAAAAUCGCCAUGUAUUUUGCCUGGCUGGGCUUCUACACGUCGGCCAUGGUUUACCCGGCUGUCUUCGGCUCCCUUCUCUACACCUUCACGGAGAACGAUCAGACCAGCCGGGACGUCUGCUGUGUGAUCUUCGCCAUCUUCAACGUCAUCUGGGCCACCCUGUUCCUGGAGGAGUGGAAGCGGCGGGGGGCCGAGUUCGCCUACAAGUGGGGCACCCUGGACACGCCGGCGGAGUCCAUCGAGGAGCCGCGGCCGCAAUUCCGGGGGGUGAAGCGCGUGAGCCCCGUCACCAACUCGGAGGAGUUCUACUACCCGCCCUGGAAGCGGCUGCUCUUCCAGUGCUUGGUCAGCCUCCCGGUCUGCCUCUUCUGCCUCUCCUUCGUCUUCCUCGCCAUGCUGGGCUGCUUCGAGCUACAGGAAUUUGUGCUGAGCAUUAAGGAGCUGCCGCGCAUCGUGCGUUUCCUGCCAAAAAUUGUGCUGGCCGUCAUCGUCACCGCCUGCGACGAAGUCUACAAGAAGAUCGCCUAUUGGCUGAACGACAUGGAAAAUUAUCGCUUGCAGAGUGCCUACGAAAAACACCUCAUCAUCAAAAUGGUCUUGUUUCAGUUUGUAAAUUCAUACCUAAGUCUUUUCUACAUCGGAUUCUACCUCAAAGACAUGGACCGCCUCAAGGAGCUCCUGCUCAUCUUUUCCCUCUUCCAAAGCCUCGUGCGUCAGCUCAGAGACGCCCUCCUUCCCACCGUCAUUCUCCAAUUCCACCUCUGCCUCAUCUCCUUUAAGGGUCUCCUGAGCUUCUGUUGGCAGCUGGCUGUCUCCAAAAUGCUGGCGACCCUCCUCAUCACUCGCCAGUUCCUGCAGAACGUGAAGGAGGUCUCCCAGCCGCACUUGUACAGCAAAUUCAAGCGUGGGGACCUGAGCGCGCAGAACUUCCGAGAGGCGGCACAGACUAUUCUUCGCCUGCUGGCCCAGAAGUGUGCCCCGGCCAGGCCCCGCGGAGCCCACCACCGGGGUCCCCGGCACGGCGGGGACCCCCCGGCCGGCCACGGCCCGGAGGCCGCCGAGGGUCCGGAGGGGGUUCCCCGCGGGGAGAAGAAAUGUCUCAACGGUGGCUGCGGCGUCCCUGAGGAAGAGGAUGAGGAGAGGAAGGACUCCGACUCGGAGGACGAGAGCAUCAUCGACUGCGGGCUGAAGUUGAAGAAGGUGAGCUUCAUCGAGAAGGCCGACCGCAAGGCCGGCGACCCGGGUCUGGAGGAAGGGGCCAGUUUCCUGGAGGAAGGCAGCCCCACCAUGGUGGAGAAAGGUAUGGACCCGGCCUCCGUCUUCGAGCUGUGCGAGGACGACGACGAGAGCGACGGGGCCUCCGGGAGUCCCCUGCGGGGAGCGCCGGAAGCCAAGGAGCCGGCCGUGACCAUGAGGGCCCGGAGGCCACGGGGCGUCAGGAACCCCUUGGAAGAGGGUGAGGAAGGCGAGGAGGGAGAGGAAGGGCGGAAGUCCAGCAGGAGCUCCUGGAUCGACCCACCAGAGGAGGUCUUCGCCGCCCAGCUCGCCCAGGCCGAGGUGGAGAGUUGCAUGAAGAAGUACGAGGACACUUUCCAAGACUACCAGGAGAUGUUCAUCCAGUUUGGCUACGUGGUCCUCUUCUCGUCCGCCUUCCCUCUUGCCGCCACGUGCGCCUUGAUCAACAACAUCAUUGAGAUACGGAGCGAUGCCUUCAAGCUCUGCACGGGCCUCCAACGCCCCUUUGGCCAGCGGGUGGAAAGCAUUGGGGAGUGGCAGAAGGUGAUGGAAGCCAUGGGUGUCCUAGCCAUCGUGGUGAACUGCUACUUGAUCGGUCAGUGUGGGCAACUUCAACGCCUCUUCCCCUGGCUUAGCCCAGAGGGGGCCAUCAUAUCCGUGGUGGUGCUGGAGCAUUUUGCCCUCCUGCUCAAGUACGUCAUCCAAGUGGCUAUCCCGGACAUCCCUGGCUGGGUGGCGGAGGAAAUGGCAAAACUGGAGUACCAGCGGCGAGAGGCUUUUAAGAAACACGAACGCCAGGCACAGCACCACUUCCAGCAGCAACAGCGCCGCAAGCGAGAGGAGGAGGAACGCCAGCGCCACGCCGAAUAUCAUGCCCGCAAGGAACGGGAGAGCGGGCGGGAGGAGGGCAAGUCGGACGGAGGGGGCCCCGAGACCGGCCACGAGAAGAGCCAGCCCAAAGGGAAAGGGCCAGGGGGCUCGGGCCACGGCUCGGAGAAGCCGAAAAGGCCAAGCUCUCUGCUGGCCACCAACAACGUCAUGAAACUGAAGCAAAUAAUCCCCUUGCAGGGGAAGUUCUUGUCUGGGGGGGCGGGGGGCGGCGGCAGCACGUCGGGGGCGCGCUCCCCGCAGUCCCCCACCGGCACCGACAACAAACUGCCCGGCUUCCUCAGCUUCAAGUUCCUCAAAUCCCCGGAGACCAAGCGGGAGGCCACCACCGAGAAGGUCCAGUCGCCCACGAAGCCUUUCAACCCAAGCAAACUGUUCAACUUCAGCAAGUCGGAAGGGGGGAACGGCGCGGCCCCUCUUCCGCAGCACCAGCCGCGGCCCGGGACCUCGGCGGACGAGAAACCCGCGGCUCAGAGAUCGCACCUCAACGGGCUGGUGGACGAUGAGGCCGAGGAGGAACCGGAGAUCCGAACGGCGGCGGAGGAGGAGGGUCCGGGGCACAAACUCUAACCGUCCCCCUACCUCCGGGCGAGGGCUGGGGGAGAGAGAGAGAGAAAGGACAGGGAGGGAGAGAAAGGCGGAAUUGGGUCGCCGGUCGGUUCUUCAAGCGGAUUUGGGGCAGGUCCACCAUUUGGCCGUGGCGGUGGCACUUGGGG